GAAAAUCAGCAUGAGAUUAAGUACCACAAUGAAUAGACUACAUUUCAAAAGCAGAAAUCCAGCUGGAUUUGUUAUGGGAGACCAGUUUCCUGUUUUUAGCCCCGUAAAAGAUGAACCUUUUUUGAGUUCUUGACAGUUUUUCAGAUAGCACAAAUAACCAGACAAACCCGUUGUCAGAUUCUUGAGCGCCAGCGAGAAUUAUGGCGGGCCCGGUGGAAGAUGAAGGUGAGGCCGACCGUUACGAGGAUCUUCAAGGACAACAAGCAGACGAGAACUCUUCGUUGUACGGGACGACCAGCUCGAGCGCCAGCGACGUCCAGGGUAAAACUUCCUCCCACCCACCGGGAAGAAACAAAAAAGAGAAGAAUCAGCUAGAUCAUGCCGGAGCUGCAAGAAGUAAAAAAACCCCUGCUGGAACAAGGGCAAGAAGUACUAAAGCUUCUUCCAACCAGAAUCACCACAAAAUGAAAAUCCCGACAUCACAACAAGAAAACGCGUCAUUCGAACGCGGCCUCCUGCUCGACGGCGACGAUCCGGAUGGUCCGAAUAAAGUCAAGCUCUUCACGAGAAGAAAAACCGCGGAUUCAUUUUCCGGGUAUCGUUCGGAGUGGGAGCGGCACUUCUGCGAAAACACGAGUUUCCUGACGGGGAAAAGAGACGAGACCUGGAAUAAUACGGCUGGAUUUGGUCGUCGUGUUCUUCCAAGUAGUAGUUUUUCUUCUUACGGAGAUAAUGUCGAUGAAGCAGAUGAGAAGAGUUGUCACAAAGAACCACACAAAAUAAGACCUUGUCAAAAAUACAGCCUGAACCACGGGACCGAGCCGCAACCGCAGCCAACGGAAUUUUUUCAAUCCAUGCGGGAGCAGUUGCGCUACGAAAUUUGGUGUCCGGACCAGCAUGAAUCCGAGUACCACACGUCCUCUUCCGAGAAUGAGGAUGAUGUUAUUCUGAGUAAAAACGUCCCCACUCCGUUGUUGUCAUGCAAUUCCGCAUGCCAAAAAAGUUUCUCAUGCGGAGCCCUAUGCGAAGCAUUUUCUAUUCGUGUUUUGGAAUUUGUGAUGCUAGAAUCAGCAUUCUAUGCUAGAUAUGUGAUGCUUCUUAACUAGCUAAACAGGAUGACACUACGCGUUCAAACUUGUCAUGCCAAACAAGCAAAGGUGGCUGAUUUGUCUAGCAGAUUCCCCAUCUUGACUCUGGUGUGGGGACGUUUUCACAUAGGAUAGAUGUUGAUCAUAACCUCCAAGCGAAGCAGAAAAUACCACGCAAAAACUUCAGUGAGUUCCGGCGACCAGUCUGCCGGUGGAGCCACACGGCCGACGAGGCUCUAUGUGCGGCGAUGAAGAGGAUUGUUUUCAAACUACAGGAGGCAAUGGAACAAACAACUGGAAAAUCUGCAGCUGAGAUACACCCAGCAGUAGACUCUUGGUGGGGACUUGCGAAAACAACCUUCGACUUGUCGAAGUGGGAACAGGAGUUCAAACCUAUCGCAAAGAGUGUGAAUCAAGCCAUGCGGUGGAUGGUGCAAAAAUGGAACUUGGGUGACCUUGAAGUUAACGAAGUGGACAGGAAGAUUGCCGAGGAAAUGGCUGCUUUGAGAAGAAUAAAUGCGGAAAAGGAUAAAGGAAAGAAAAACAACAACAGCAACCGCGGGAGGAACACGAAGACGAAGAGAGAUCCGCAAACUGGGAGGUACUACAACGCCAAAAACAAGAACUACCCCGGGAGCUGCGACGCAGAGAAAAACAUCGAUGUGGUAGAUGAAGAGAAGUUGGAACUGCAAGCAGAUGUUGACGCGGAUUUGUUUGAGGCAGACGACGAUUUGGAAGAUUCGGUGGAGCAAGCUUUGGUGGAGGUGGAACAAGAAGAAGAACAAAAGAAUAGUUCUUUCCUCGCUGCCGACGACGAUCACACUGACUGCAGUGCUGCUGAAAACGCCGGUGCUGGUGGGGACAUCAACGAUGGUGGUAAAAGAAAUGUCGACAGAAUAAAUCACGAUCAACAGGAUUCCGAGGAUGAUGAUGAUGAUGAUGAUGAUGACGACACAAUUAUGAACAUGAAACCGUCACCAGAUCAACAUCUGAAAGAAGCCGAAAUUCCGCACCGUAUCACGGAGGCGAUCCAGCUUGUACCAGAUGAGGUUUUCGAAGAAAACAUCGACGUCGUGGAAAAAUAUGAAAGCCAGAACGAAAACAUCGAAAACGAGAACGACGGAGAAAAAAAAUCGAAAACGACGAGGGAAAAAAUUCCGGGCCUGCCGAACAAGUUUUAUUUCACCGCGAGAGACUGCGUGCAGCGGUUUGAGGAGUUGUUGUACAAGCGUGAGGAAAGGAGUAAAAACGGCGACCUGAGCAGUCACCAGAAGGCGAAGAAGAACGCAACAGUAUCCUGAGCAAAAACGUCCUCACCCCAGAGUCAAGAUGAGCGACAUCUCGCAACACAAAUCGAAAAGUUUUGCUGGGACUCAAGCAUGACAAAUUCCUCUCUGUAGUGUAGUGCAGUUUAGCAGGUACAACCGCAACACAAAUUCAUCUAGUCGUGCUGUUUACAGCAUUACAAAUUUGUUCAAAACACUAUUGGAAAUGCCUGCCAUGGAGAUGCGCAGUACAAAUCUUCCUGUAAUUAUCGCAUACCUGCAUGACAACUCUGGGGUGGGGACGUUUUCACACAGGAUAAAGAGCUGCCGAGGCCAACGCGAUCACUGCCGACUACGAAAUGCGCCCGUGGACGGCCGCGGAGGACGAGCAGCUGCGCAGUCUGGUGGCCAGCAUCGACCUCACGGGACCGCCGAGACAAGCGCAAUACUGGCCGAACUUCGGGAAGGACCGGCGGCCGCCGAGGCCCGAGGAAACCGACGACAAAUUGUACCACCCGAACCGGCGGGAGGAAUUGGCCGUCUACGGCUGGGACGACAAGUUUGGAAAUAUUUCCAAGCCGCAGCUCAAUUGGGUCGCGAUAACACAGCAGUUAGGGACUAAGCGCUCCGUGUGGUCCGUGUUCACGCGGUGGGUGCGCGCCCUGAACCCGCACGCGCGGGACGUGCAGCAGUGGUGGUCGAAGACGGACCGGUAUCCAAGAAAAAAACUGUGUUAGUGUAACUUUCUUGGGCUGGCAGCAUCACAAAUUUGCCCUACACGACAGAGAAAACCUCUCAUGCGUGGCUUGUAAGGAAAAACACACACGAAGAGAGGACUUCAUGGUUGUCUGGCGUGACAGGUUUAACUGUUUUGCAUUUUCUGCAUCACAGAUUUACACUUACACAGUUUUUUUCUUGCAUAACCGGAAAGUCUUUGGGGAGUACAUCAAGCAGAACUGGCGCCAGGAAGAGAUCGACUGGCACACGUUGGUAUCAAAUGCAAAAAUGUCUGGGUCUGGAAGAAUGCAAGACUUGUCAUGCAUAUUUCUCAUGACCCAUGAUGCGUGUAAUGCUUGACCUAGCAUCGUAGACUUUUAGAGGGCUACUUCCUGAUGCACCUUCCGCAUGAGAAAUGCCCUGUCCGUGUAGCAAAAACUGUACCCCUCUUGCUGGUCAUGCAAUUACAAAUUUUUUUACAGUCCAAAAACAGCAUGACAAGUUGCUUUGUUCCAGACCCAGACAUAUUUGCAAUCCAUAGUUGGUGCAGCUUCUCGCCCAGCGGAAACACCCAAAGACCUUGGGCGAAGCCUGGCAGCACUACAACUACCCGAAGCACAAAUGGGCGCCAGACGCCGCGAACGACCUGCAGACGCUGGCGUUCUUCUACGGGUUAGACAGGUUUCAACAGCCGACUAAGAAAAACAGUAAGGCGGGGACUACACAGAGCCAAUUGAUGAAGCGGGAGCAAAGGAAGGAAAAUAAGUCGCAGGGUCGGGGUGAUUUGUCGGGAAACAAGAAGACUCCAGUUCCGUCGGAAGUUUUUCAGCCGGAUUUUUACUUGAAUGAGGAGCGAGAAGUGCCCAGAUCUACUACGGCCGUGGACCACUCGGAACAAGCGGGUAAAAUGCCCCGCUCUGGACUCGAAAGCGAUGAUGCACAACAAGAUGCGAGCGUGGCGAAAAUCAAGCGGAACCCCGGGAACAAAAACAUCGUCCAGGAUUUUCUGUACGACCACUACCCCGACGUGAAAAAGAGCGCAGUCCAGAGCAAACUGAGCAAAACCAAAAGCUACGUGCAGCGGCAGAUCGCGACGCUGCGGAAAGCAAAGAAAAACAAAAUGAAUAAGAAGAGUAAAAAACAGCUGCAACAGAAGAUAAAACAAAACCUGCUCAACUUCCAGUUCGGCGGGAGAAGGGAGAUGCACCACUGGUCCGAGGAACAGGACCAGCACUUGGCGGAGGCGGUGAAAAAAUUCAAACCCGGAAACUGGAAGAAAAUCAACGACUAUUUGCGGGAUAACUACAACAUUUUCACCUCCGAGCAAGACGUCAUUCGCAGGUUUAACCUGAGGAACCCGGAAGGCAUGGCGGACAGGCACGACAAGCUCAACAUCACCCAUCUGGUCGCCAACCCGUGCCGGGUACUGGAGCACGGGCACAAGCGAGCGGAGCUGAUGCGGAAGCAGCAAUCCAAGUGCACCGCCGCAGAAAUUGACUUGCCCUCGGCGCUGCUGGCGAACCAGAACUUCAACGGGGUCGGCGGUGCCAAUUCGUGUUCCAACCAAACCGCAGGGUUGAUCCUGAAUGUGGCGGCGAGUCUAGCAACUAGUACGAGAACUGGCGAGAAGAAAGACGAGACCAAUCAUCUCGACUGGCUAGUCGACCACCAGCGGAGUUGUAUUGGUAAUUAUGGUUCGGGAGACCACUCUGAUAUCUUCAGCCCCAGCCUGGCUCCCGCUCCACUCGAAGACGGCGAUGUCGGCGACGACACAAUAGUACAACAGAACCCCAAGAACAACUCGUCGUCACAUUGUACUACCCUGGUUGCACUUCCAACCACCAGCAACACGAUGGUGAUCCCGAAGAUGAGUAACAAAAGACACCGAAACAAGAAGGACGAGCUUGACCUCGACCUGGAUCCGGAAAUCGUGCGGUUGGGCGCAGUUUCAUCAUCAUCAUUCGAGGACGAAGCAGUUGACAAUUUGAUAGUGGCCCGGACAAAUAAGCAAGACAAGUUUACGCCGUACGACGACCCAGAGGACGAUAUAGUCGUGUUCGACGAGUAUGGUCAACACAUAAAUGCGAAGAGGAGAAAGAACAACGCGAAGAACAAAAAUAAAUGCAUACCAAAUCCAGCGGAGGUUGCUAGGAUGAGUCUGAUGGACAUCGUCAACUCUGAGUACACCCUCACCGAGAAGAAGGCGAUGAUCCGAAAGUGGACCCCCCACCGGAACGAACGGAUGAACGAAACGCUGCGCAAAACGUGUCUCAGAGCGUUGGAGCAGGAAAGCCGGAAGAGGAACAGUCUGCUUGGGAAGCAAUCCCGAGCGGAAAGACAGAAGGACAAAGAGCUGCUAGAGGACCUGGAAAUGUUGGUGAAUGAUGAAACGAGGUUCAAGGCGUAUGAAAGUAGUGGUACAAGAACUUCUUCGCGUGGAGAAGUAGUACAGGCUGGUGUUCUGCUAGAUGCUCCUGGUGUUCAGAUUGAGAACGACGAGAACUUCGAGGACAAUCAAGAUGAAGAAGCAGCAGGGGUGCACCACGUCGAUGCAGGAGCUCUUUGUCAUCAGGUGCAGCAGCAAGGUACUAUUCCGGUGCAGAGCGACAAUCAAGAACCAGCAGGGGGCGACGAAUUUGAAGAUGAGGAAUUCUCUGAAGUUCAGUCAGAAAAUGAACCACAAGGAUCGGCACUAUAUUCUGACGAAUAUGAAGAUGGGGAUGACAACUGCUACGAUGAAGACGACUGAGUUCAUCUCAACAGGCAAAGGUUUAGUACCAGCAGAGGCCACUGCAUUUUGAGACGAACGGAACCGGAACUACUUUUACCACACUAGAACCACCUGGCCUCCCCAUUCAGGAGUUCAUGCUCUAUUGAUACCGCGUGGAGGUUUUGAAAGAAGUGAUGCCAGAACGACCGUUACAAACGACAUCAAACUUGCACAGUAUUCCACUAGAGGCCUUGUUUCUACUCUUGAAGAGAAAGAGAGUAAAAGAAACCUCGUGCAGCCGUCGUGCCUUUCGUUUCGCACUGCAAUGGACGAAGAAAAUGAAAAAAAGGGCAUGUGAUGUGCCAAGAAAGACCGAUGAGUAGAGUAUAUCUAAAGUAAGAAGUUGUACAAGAAGGACAGUGUCCUAAAAAACGCGACCCAUUUCCAUGUUUUCAUGAAAGUAGAAA